CAGGAAGAACCAUGAGUGAUGGCAGCGUGCUCAGCACGGGAGUGGGGCCAGCAGCCCUCACUGUGCCUGUGUCCUGCAGGGCCAUGUGCCAAGGGCCUGGGCAGGCAGGAGCCGGCAUCGGGCGGAAGCCAGGCCCGGGCAGCGUGGGAUGCCGGGACAGCACAGGAUACUGGGGAGGAGCGUGGCCCAGGCUGGGCAGAGUCCGGCUGAGGCCCUGCAGCUGGAGGCAGUAAGACACCCCAGGGCCUCUGCUGGGGCUGCCCUUGGGGCCAAAGCUCUAGAGCAGAUCCACCAGGAGGUGCAGAACUACUAUGGCAAAGAGCUGCAGAAGUCAGAGGACCUCAAAACCAAUGCGUGCAUCACGUCAGCCAGGCCUGUUUCGAAGCUGGUGAGAGAUGCCCUGGAGCGCAUCCAUGAGGAGGUGGUGGCCAGGUACUACGGCUGCGGUCUGGUGAUCCCUGAGUUCCUGUCAUCAUGCCGGAUUCUGGACCUGGGCAGCGGCAGCGGCAGGGACUGCUUCCUGCUGAGCCAGCUGGUCGGGGAGCAGGGCCACAUCACCGGGAUAGAUAUGACCAAGGGCCAAGUUGAGCUGGCGAAGAAGCACGUUGCCUACCACAUGGAUAAGUUUGGCUACCGAAAGCCGAACGUGGAGUUCUUCCAUGGUUACAUGGAGAACCUGGGUGAUGCUGGACUGGCUGACGACAGCUACGAUAUUGUCAUCUCCAACUGCGUGAUCAACCUUGCCCCUGACAAGAGGGCUGUGCUGCAGGAGGCCUUCCGUGUGCUGAAGCCCGGGGGAGAGAUGUACUUCAGCGACGUCUACGCCAGCCAGCGCCUGAGCGAGAGCACCCGGAAGCACCGGGUGCUGUGGGGAGAAUGCCUGGCAGGAGCCCUGUACUGGAGAGACCUGUACAGCAUUGCUGAGGAGGUGGGGUUCAGCCCCCCACGCCUGGUCACCGCCAGCCCCAUCACCAUUGGCGACAAGGAGCUGGAGGGCAUUGUCGGUGACUGCCGCUUUGUUUCCGCAACUUACCGCCUGUUCAAGGUGCUGGCUGGCAGCCGGACCGGGCCAGGACAGGCCACCUACAGUGGUGGGAUUGUGGGGCAUGAGCGGGAGCUGGUGUUUGAUGCCAACUUCACCUUCAAGGAAGGAAAGGUGGUGAACGUGGAUGCUGAGAUGGCUGCAAUCUUGCAGAGCUCCAGGUUUGCAGAGAAGUUCCUGAUCCGAGCUGGUGGAGCCAACGCUGCAGGACUGCAGGGCUGCUGUAGCAAGGGAGUGAAGGAGAAAAUCUGUGAUCCCUUCCAGCUGCUGGAGCAGCUGAGAGCCCCAGGUCCUGCUAGCUGUUCUGGUGGCACCUGUGGUCCCCCAGGGUGCUGCUGAGUGGCAAGUGGUGUCCCCACACCGCUGUUGGAAGUCAGUGGAGUGAGAGGACGUGGCUCCAGUAACGUCUUCCACCAGAGAGCAAAUAAAUACAUGUCUGAACUCAAA